UGAAUUGAUAUUUUUUUUGUUUGGUGAAAUGACUUGAAAGGUUCUUAAUCUAGUUUAGUUGAAUGAACAGUUCAACUUACACUUAAAUUUGAAUUUCAAGUCAAUACAAACAAUCAUCACGAUCUCAACUGAAUACCUUUGAUUAAUUUUUCUUUCGUUCCUUCUUUUCUCUUUCUCUUACACACUCCUUUGCCUAACAUUUCCUCCCUUCUCUGAACUUCUACUCCACUUAAACAUAUCUUAGCUUGAAUUUUGGAUUAUUUAACAUUCAAAUUUCAAUCUUAUCAAUCCUAAGACAAACUCAACUUUCUCUAUCCGUAGAGUUUUGUAUAUCAAAACUCUUAAAAUCCAACUUCUCACUCAUCAAACUACAUUUUUCAUUCAACUUGACAAAUGGCAUCAAAGGCUCAAUUUCUUCGAGAAUACAAACUGGUUGUGGUCGGUGGUGGUGGUGUUGGCAAAUCAGCUCUUACUAUCCAAUUCAUUCAAUCUCAUUUCGUUGACGAAUACGACCCUACUAUUGAAGACUCUUAUCGUAAACAGUGUGUAAUCGAUGAAGAAGUUGCACUACUGGACGUUCUCGAUACCGCUGGUCAGGAAGAAUAUUCUGCGAUGAGAGAACAGUAUAUGAGGACAGGUGAAGGGUUCUUGUUAGUUUAUUCGAUUACUUCGCGUAAUUCUUUUGAGGAAAUCUCUACAUUUCAUCAACAGAUUCUUCGUGUCAAAGAUAAAGACUACUUUCCAGUGAUCGUGGUAGCAAACAAAUGUGAUCUCGAGUACGAACGUCAAGUCGGUGCUCAUGAAGGUCGAGAGCUAGCACGCCAUUUUGGCUGUCGAUUCAUCGAAACAUCGGCAAAACAGCGCAUUAAUGUUGAUGAAGCCUUUAGCUCACUUGUCAAGGAAAUCCGGAGGUUUAACAAAGAACAAUCUGCUGGUCGACCUGGUGCAGGUGGCGCAGGCAACACAACAGGCGCAUUCCAGGAAGAAGGGGAACAGCAAGCAUCAUCCGCAUGCUGUAACUGUGUCAUACUAUGAAAGACUCUUUACUCACCUCAAUCACUAUUCUUUUGACGAAUACUGAUAAUCAAGACCAGAUUCUUCAAGAACAGUCAUUAUCCUCACUAUCCACCUCUUUAUCCUUAUUGCGUGGACGUACAUCAAUGUAUUUACCAACGACCCUUGUCCUCCGACUUUCCUCAAUGGGAGAAAUGGCACUACAACUUUUAUACUCACUUCGUCACUCACCUCCCCCUUUCGUAGCGUUCUUUGGUUGUUACACUUUACUAUCCCGGUAAACCACACGCCAAUUCUUUCCACAGUGCGACUUGUUGUCUUUUUUCCUUUUCUUUUUUCUACUUUAUGGCUUGUGUGUCGCUGUUGAUUCCUUUUAUACUUUAUCUCUUUGUUCUGCUUUAUUUGUUUUAAUCUUCUCUCCUCUCUUCGGUUCAGUUUCAAUCUCAUCUUUUUCUGUGUGUAUGUGCUUGUUUCAAUAUACUUUAUCGCGCUUGUUGGGCCCCGUUUGGAUAGAUGGGUUGAGCUAUAGGGCUCUACUUUGUUUUUCUUUCAGGGAACAUAAUAGUCAUUUAUUGCAAAUUUCUUUCAUACUUACUUUAAUUCUGCAGACCAGCG